AUGGGUUCCACUGCUCCAGGUGAUGGCAUAUCUGCCAUUUUUGGUCAUUGCCCUCCUGAGGAGCUUGCGACUAACAUGGUUGCUGCUUCCUCAUCAUCCCAAGACUCUGCCACCUUUGUUGAAAAGACUUUUGCUAAUAACAGCAAGCUGACAGCUGAUGACAACCUACCUUCUCAUGAUGGGGAGGAUCUUGUUAAGAUUAAUUCUAUUGACGUUUUGGCUUUAUGUGAACCUCGUGUGCAGUUCCAUAAAGCUAGGGACUCUCUUAGAAAACUGGGAUUCUCCGAUUUUAGAGUUGUUGAGGCUGCUGGGUUCUCUGGUGGCAUUUGGCUUCUUUGGAAUAGUUCCAGAACCCAGAUUGAAUUCAUUGAUGAUAAUUUUCAAUUGAUUUAUGUUAAAGUUACCCUUCCUGGAAAUUCUCCUUGGAUGCUUACUGUGAUCUAUGCUAGUCCUAACCACACCUCAAGAGCUUCCCUCUGGAGUUAUUUGGAUAACCUUAAAGCUUCUACUAAUCUUCCUGCUUUGUUUAUUGGUGAUUUUAAUGAGCUUGUUUCGGAUGCUGACAAAAGUAGUGGCUCUCUAACUGGACGAUUUGGUGGUCUUAGGAGUUGGAUUAAUCAGAAUGCUCUAAUUGACAUGGGGUUCAAGGGCUCAUGUUACACUUGGAGUAAUAAUUCUGUAAAGGAAAGACUUGAUAGGGGCUUUUGUUGCUCUCAUUGGAACAAAGAUGUUUUUGGCCAUCUCUUCCAAAGGAAAAGAAGGUUACUGGCUAGGAUUGGUGGUAUUCAAAAGGCAAGAGACAGGUAUGAGAAUCAUUCUCUCAUUAAUUUGGAGGCUGGACUCAUUCAAGAUUAUGAAAAUAUUAGAGAUCAAGAGAAUCUUUUUUGGAGGCAAAAGUCUAGAGACAAGUGGCUGCUUGAUGGUGACAGGAAUACCAGGUUCUUUCAUUUGACCACCCUCAUUAGAAGAAAGAAAAAUAAGAUUGAAGGUCUUUUUGAUUCUCAUGGUGCCUGGUUCACUGAUUCUGAGAGCAUGAAGAACAUCUCUGUUGAUUUUUUCACUGAUCUAUUUUCUUUGCAUAAUCCUGAAGAUAUGAUAGCGCUCAAAGUAAGCGCGUAA